AUGUGGGCAAUGAGGAAACAUAAGAUGGAUUGUACUAAAACGGCAGAACAAACACUAAAUGGGUUGAAUGAGCUUAAUUAUUUUCGCCUCAAGGCCUAUGAAAGUUCAGCCAUUUACAAAGAGAAGAUGAAGAAGUAUCAUGACCAAAGGAUUGAAAAGCGAGAAUUUGCAGUUGGUGAUUUGGUGCUUCUAUUCAACUCUAGGCUACGCUUGUUUCUGGAAAAACUCAAGUCUGAGUGGACACAGUCACUCCUCAUAACUAAAGUGUUUUCACAUGGAGGGGUUGAGUUGGAGAAUAAGCAGGGGACAAAGUUUACAAUCUAG